AUGCAGCAUGUAUCAGGAUUUGGCUAUCCCACUCCCCCCGCUUCGCCGGUAUACGACAGCACAAAGUGCUCGAUCCAGCAGCCCAUCACAACAGCACCCCACUGCCAGGCACGAUACAUCCCGUUGACGCCGGAGGAGAGGCUAGGAAGAUUCCUCGAGGGCAAGUUGCAGUUGACGACCAUUCUGGGAACCGGCGCUUAUGGCGUCGUCUACUCCGCCGUGGAUGUCAAGACCGGAGUCCGUUAUGCCGUCAAGUGUCUCAGCAAAUUCAACCCAGACGGAACCCCAUUGGAUCGUCGACAGGUUGCCUUCCAGAACCGGGAGAUUCGUCUGCACUACUUGGCCUCGGCCCACCCCAACGUGGUGUCGAUGCUGAAGAUUGUUGACGACCCGGACUGCAUUUAUGUUAUCUUGGAAUAUUGCCCGGAGGGUGACUUGUUUUUCAACAUCACCGAAUGUGGUCAGUAUGUUGGGAACGACGCUCUCGCCAAGAGAGUCUUCCUCCAGAUCUUGGAUGCUGUUGAACACUGCCAUUCUCUGGGAAUCUACCACCGGGAUUUGAAGCCGGAGAACAUUCUCGUGUCGGACCACGGAGAGACCGUUAAGCUCGCCGACUUUGGCCUCGCAACCUCAUCUGACCGGUCUGAGGACUACGGAUGCGGCUCAACAUUCUACAUGAGUCCAGAAUGCUUGGACCACUCAGCCCGUAGACCUUUCUACUUUUGCGCCCCCAAUGAUGUCUGGAGUCUCGGAGUCAUCCUGGUCAACCUCACUUGUGGACGCAACCCAUGGAAGCAAGCCUCUUUCGAGGACUCUACCUACCGGGCUUACACCCGGUGCCCGGAGACUCUGAAGAGCAUCCUCCCAGUGUCGGAUGAACUGAACGACAUCUUGGGAAGGAUCUUCGCCCGGAACCCGGACCAGAGGAUCACCCUGUCCGAGUUGAGGGCCAGGAUUCAGACUUGCUCCAGGUUCACCAUCCCGGCGAUGCCAACUUCCGCCUUCCCGACACCCCCGGCUUCGCCCGACCACACCACUGAAUACGUUACUUGCAAGGACACGAUUGUCGACGACUAUGACAACGCUCUCUCGCCCGCCUCGUCUUCCUCAGACGAAGGUUCUACAUGUUCCUCGGACGACGGCUCACUCACCUCGAGUGGCUCAACUAUUGACGACCUUGACGAGGAGUUCCUCCAGGAACAACAGGAGGCAAUGACAUGCCACGCCCAAGUCUUUGAGCCAGAGGAUCCUCGGACGCCCUUCUUUCCCGCUCAGGAGUUUGUUCCCCAACAGUACACUGGACCUGUUCCGUCACCGGUAGCCGGACAUCAGGAACCCCCCCUUCACUCCCACAUGUCCGCACCUGGUCCUAUGCCAGUUCAGGUUCAAAUGCAGGCACCGAGCUGCCCGUCAAAGUCCUUCGUCCAGUUCUGGUGGGGAGACUUGUUGAAGUAUGCUCAGCAGGCCCCUGCUAUUCAUCCUCACGUCCCAUUCCACCACCAGGUUCCGAUCUUCUCUCAUCCUCAAGGCUGCUACUAG